AUGGUGAGGAACGAACAAAUCCCAGUGGAUCAGGCCUUUUAUUAUGAACGGUUUUCGCAGAGUGAUACGGAAUCUCGUGCAUCGACUGUUCCCCUAGAGGAAACUUCGUCCUGCGUGAACGGGAACACCAUCGUUCAGCCAGAUUUCCGUGAGAACAAUCCAGGGAUGCGCGUAUCUUCGUGUUCACUCCGUGAAGUUACCAAGCAUGACUAUGCUGACCAAGCUUACAAAGAAGUGAUGGAUGCUGCUGCUGCCACUGUCAGUCCAAGCGAGUCGAGGAGAAGAAAGACUGGAAUAGGCAAAAGGACAAGAGAACUCACAGAUUUGGACUUUAUGCUCUGCAAGGAUGAAUUCUCCCAAGAGGUUCGACGUCAUGGUCAAGCAUGGACAGAUGAAAUCCGAAAACUUCGAGAAGAGCUCGAGAUUUUACAGGACCGGAACCACCGUCUCCAAGAGGAGAUCACAAUCGCAAACGCCGAGAAAGACCGUCUCCGAGCGGAGCUCAUCUUGUCAAAUCGUGAGAGGGAUUGUCUCCGAGAGGAGUCCGCAAUGUAG